AUGUCAUCACCAACCUCCGAGACUGAUGGUUUAAUAAACGCACUUUUGCAAUCGAACACAAAGAGUCCUGAAGAGAUUACUGAAGUUUUAGGCGUAUUAAGCAUUGCUCUUGAUGGUCCACAAGGCGCACAAGUGACUCAAGCAGUGUUAUCGGCAGUUCCACUCCCAAACUUUUUUACCUUUCUCGAGAGUUCGAGUGAAUCUGUUAUAAACGCGGCAGGAAUUGUAUUGGAAAAGUUACUACGAGCCGUUACCUAUGUUGAUAUUGUGUCUUCAGAAUUAAAGGAUUAUUUUCGGCUCGGACUGUCGAGUCCAUUACCAAAGAUAUGCCUUCUUACUCUCGGUCAGAUUGAAAAAUGUCUCACAAAUGAAGAAUACACAAUUGAUCUGAUCAAUUCACCACUGUAUGAUUCGGUCAUUGAAGUCAUUGGCAAUGAGGAUAUACCGACAGCGACAAGGGCUGCAGAUUUCGUUGUAAAGAUUGCCGAAAAUCCAAAUGGAUUACAAGCAAUUUUUGAUACUCGACGAAUUGCCCACCUUAAUGAACUGUCAGAACGCAAUGACACGUUGAAAUUCCGUGUCAUUGAUUUACUCUCGCGAAUAGCAAAUAUUUCAGACGAAGCCUUUCAUCUGUGCGAAUCGUCCGGUGCACUAUACAGUAUCGUAACCAUUUUUCACUCUAAAGACAUACUACUUAGACUCAAUGCUGUCGAAUCCUUCAUUCAGGUGGCCGAAACUCCAACUGGAUACAUGUUUCUCAAACGAACGCGAAUAAUAGAAUCGCUCAUCGACAUGCUGGCGUUGGACGAAAGCGACGUGGUGAACGUGCUGUUGAAAUGUGGAGCAAUCAAGUUUUUUGGACGUGUUGAGGCAGUCGAAUUUGAAGAGCUUGCGCAGACUCACGAAUUACUCAAGAAACUAGCCCAGUUGCUGGAAAGUGACAACUUGGAAGUGAAAAUAACAACGGUAAUAGUCCUUGGUAACAUAGGUAGCACACAGAGGGGACUUGUCCUCUUGGAUGCCUCAAACACGCUUCAAAACUUCUUGAACGUCUACCAUGCUUCGAGCGGGGAAGUGAAGCUUGCAUGCUUACGAUCAUUAUCAUGUUUCUUUGACGUCAGUUCAUCACCUCAGAUAACUACAACCGUGCUUUCUCUCUACGCCUCACUUUCCCCAACACCACUCCCAACAUUCCUCUCACUCUCAUCGUCGGCACUGUCCGAAGUCCGUUUUGCAAUCUUUUCGAUAUUUGUUGCUCUCUCCAAGCAUUCUUUUGCUCGUCAUGACUUUUUUCGAUCAACAUAUUCCAGAGGCUUUCUUGAUUUCAUCUUGAAUCGUACGACAGAGAAAAGCAAAGAAGGAAAAGAGUGGAAGUUUAGCGUCGUCGAAGCACUCUGGAAAAAUCAAGAGGAAAGUGACGAAGGGUGGGACUGGGAAGGCGGGGCUCGAGUCAGAGAUAGAUUGCUUAAAUAUAUAAGGGAGGGACCGUUCCACGUUCAUACCGAGGCUGCUGUUGCAUUGGAAAGUGGUUAG